AUGUCUAUACUGUUUGGAUUGCUCUUCAACAUCCUCUCGAAACUCCCAAGAUCUAUUCGCGAACGUAUCAUGCCUGACAUGCGCAUUCCACCAAUCGCCAAUAAUCCUUCCAAGGUUCAAUUGGACCAUCUCGCUCAUGUCCACUUCGAGCAUCCAGACCUUGACAAAUUCGGCAAGUUUGCCAAAGACUUCGGGCUCAUCGAGACGAAAAGAACCAAGAACCAGAUCUAUUACCGCGGAUAUGGCAAGGAUCCAUAUGUGUACGUCUCAACCAAGAGCAAUGACGGAAAGGCACGCUUUCGCGGCCCAGCCUUUGUUGCUCGAACACUUGAAGAUUUUGAGAAGGCUGCAAAGCUCCCCGGAGCAAGCAUGGGUACUUUGGACGACGCGCCGGGCGGAGGCGAGAUCAUAACUUUCAAUCGACCGGACAGCACCUAUUUCCACAUCAUCUACGGUCAAGAAGAGCGGGCGAUGGAUUUGAAAGAGGCAACAGCCCAAACUGAGGAGCUAGGACCAUACAAUACCGCUUUCGACAAGCCAAGGAAAGGCAAGUUCCAGCGAUUCCACCCGGGCCCUGCGCUAGUCCAUAAAGUCGGGCAUUUUGGUUACGUCUGCCCAAUCUUCGACGAGGAACUAGCAUGGUACACUGACAACUUCAAUUUCGUACCUUCGGACAUUCUGUAUCAUUGGGACUUCUCGAACAUGGAUGUGUUAACAUUCAUGCACCUCGAUCUCGGCGAGGAAUAUUCUGACCACCACACCUUCUUCAUGCAGCGAGCAGAGCCUGACGUCAAGAAGACUUUCUUGCAUCAUACUUCGUUCGAGGUUACGGAUAUGGAUUCGCAGCUCAUUGGGCACGACUGGCUAGCGAAGCAUGGAUGGAAGAGCAUUUGGGGCGUCGGUCGGCACGUUUUGGGCAGUCAGAUCUUUGACUACUGGGCUGAUCCGAGCGGAUUCAAGAUUGAGCACUACGCGGAUGGUGACUUAGUGAACACGCAUACGCCGACGAACAGGGAUGUUGUUGGACCUCUCUCGAUUUGGGGACCAGAGGUCCCCAAGGACUUUGGUAAACAAUUAACUUAA